AUGGCAAAGACUUGUAGAAGUCUCGAGUGUGCUAUUUGUUGUGAUAAAACAGAUAAUAUAUUGAAUAUGACAACUCAAUGUGCUCAUGAACCAUCUACCUGUCAAGAUUGUAUUAAUAAAUAUGUGAACAUUCAAUUAAUUCGAAAAAACACAUUGAUCAAAUGCCUUGUUGAUGAAUGUGAUAAUACGAUGGAAUAUCAAGAUGUUCAACGUGUUGUUUCUCGAGAACUUUUUCGAAAAUUUGAUGAUGUUUGUUUAAGACUUGCUCUUCAAUCAGAUCCUGGUUUUCGCUGGUGUCAAGGUGGAUCCGAAUGUGUAUCCGGACAAAUUCAUAUUGGAGGAGGCAAGCUUAUUAUAUCUGAGAUUGAUUUUUUAAAACGUUUAACUUGUCAAGAAUAUGAUAUUAAAAUUGGUAAGAUUGAUACAGAAUCCCAAAUUUAUCUAGAAAAAAACACUAAGUCUUGCCCAAAAUGUGGAAUUCAUAUUCAAAAAAUUGAUGGGUGCGAUCAUGUAAAAUGUAAAAUUGAGAGUUGUCUUAUGGAAUUUUGUUGGUUAUGCUUAGGAGACUGGCAAAGAGGGGAACAUUUAAGAACUUGUGCAUUAUACGAAGGGGUUGAAAUUGUCGUAUCUGAUUCAUCUGAAGACGAAAAUGAAACCUAUGGUGAUGAUGAUAUUUCAACAUUAGAUUCGGAAGAAGAAGAUACUGAAUCAUCUGAGGAAUUGCCACGAGGUUAUUUUGAUGAUACAUCUGAGGAAGAACAUGCCAUUACAACAAAUGAAACAAAUUCUUUAGAUGGUCUUACUUCUGAUUCAUCUGAUUCAUCCGAUGAAGAACUAACAUCUGAUGAAAACGAUACAUCUGAAGAAUCGGCAUUAUCUGAAAAAUCAAUUUCAUUUGAAGAAUCAACGUCACCCGUACACUCGAUUUCAUUUGAAGAAUCAACAUCCGAAAAUUCAACUUCAUUUGAAGAAUCGACGUCAUCUGAAGAAGAUACGUGUUCAGUGAAUUACUCUACUUCUGAAGAUUCUCAAAACUCAUCCGAUUAA